CGACAUGGCGGAACUGAGACUGUUGAGAGACAACAAAUACCAUCAGAAAAUCUAAGAACUCUGGAUUAAAAUCCAAGAUACAUGUACUUCUAUAGUAGUGGAAAUCAUAAUUAUUCAUGUCUCACAGCAAAGAGAAAAGUUCCCAACAAGGCAUUGCAACUGCCUGACUGAAUAAAUGAAGGGAUAAGCAGAUAAUUGUGAAUAUUUCAUUGGAUGUCAUGGAUAGCAGAGGCGAAAACUCUGAUGCCAGCUCUGAUGAAAAUGCAAUGGUUAUAGAUGAGGCUUAUGAAGAAAAAGAAGAAAAGAGCCAGGCAUUUGAACAGGAAGCUACUGCAGGUAAACUGGAUGACAUGGACCUGGCAGAUGCUGAUACUGGAGGUGUUGACAGUGCACAGGAAGGUAGUGAGGAUGAGGAGAGCGAGGAUGGUGAUGAUGGUGAAGAUGACGAUGGUGAUGAGGAGGAUGGAGACGAUGAGGAUGGAGAUGAUGGUGAAGAUGGGGAUGAUAAUGGUGAAGACGAGGACGAGGAGGAAGAUUGCAGCAGAAGUGAAGGGGAGGAAGAAGAGGGAGAUAACUCCGCAGAUGAAGAGAGCGAUGCAGGAGAAGAAUGGGAGACUGAUGAAGAUGGUGAGGAGGAGCCCCUGGAUCAAGUCCACCAAGACAGUGACUCUGGGGAUGAGACAGAGAACUGCCCCAUCUGUCUGAACAAGUUCAGAGGUCAGGAUAUCGGCAAUCCUGAGACAUGUGACCACAACUUCUGUCUGGACUGUAUCAUGGAAUGGGCUACUAAGGUAAACACUUGCCCAGUGGAUCGACAAGUAUUUAUUUUAGUUCUUGCAAAGCAUGCCAACAGUGAUGAAGUUUACCAUAAGUUUCCCAUUGACCACAAGAGUAUGGAUGAGUCUGAUGAAGACAAUGAUGUUACGUACUGCGAAGUCUGUCAGCAGUGCGAUCGAGAGGACCGUCUUUUGCUCUGUGAUGGCUGUGACAAAGGGUACCACUGUGAAUGCCUGGACCCCGCUCUGCAGCAUGUACCAGUAGAGGAGUGGUUCUGCCCAGAGUGUGCAGCCGCAAAUGCAACAGAGAGGUCCUCGGCAGAAUCUUUGGAGGACCGAGUAGAGAGCACGGAGGAUGAAGGGGCUCUGGCUACUGGGCAAGCCUCAGGGGUCAGAAGACGGAGGAUUCCCCGUACACGAGCUAGUGAGAGAGUGAGAACACGCAUACAAGCCAACCGCGCAGCUAUUGCUAUGAUGCUAGAUUCCGAGGAUGAUGUUCCGAGGAGUUCAAAUACAGAGGCAAAGAAAGUUGCCAAAUCUCGUAAAUCACCAGUAAAAAAGAAAAGGACAACAAAAAGGAAAACGAAAGGUAAACGGAAGACAAAAACAAAGAGGAAAACUACAAAACGGAAAACUACCAAAGGAAAGACCACCAGAAGGAAGACAACUAAAAGGAAGACCAAAAAACCUUCCAAACAAAAAAAGAAAAAACGGGUCGUGCGACCUAGCACUAGCUCUUACUCUCCCAGAAGUGCCGCUUUUGCCCCGUCAGUAACACCAAAGGCUAGAAUAGCUGGCCGACUGGGCCUUUCCAAACCCCCUGUGGGUCGUACUAUCCCUCUGCAGAAAAUGACACAAGAGAAGAGCAUGGAGGGGCAGCGAGCAGCAGUGGGUAUCUCCUCUCUGUCUAUCUUGGGCUGUAAGGAUGAACUGCUCUCGUUCCAGGACGGAGACGAAGCUGGUCAUGGAGAGCCACAGCCUGGCCCCUCAAGGUACUCUAAGUCAGCGCUUCAGUCUCACCGUCCUGUACAAAAACCACCUCGACUGGGAUGCAAUAAAGAGCCGUCCAUGCCUGCUGUGGUUGCACCGUCCACUUCCUGUGGACCGAUAGACAUUCUGGGUUCAAUCAUGCAGGAGCAGAAGCUACUCAAUCUGACCAGCAAAGAUAUCACAAUCAACAGGGAUGGAAGUCUGACAGCAAACAAACCACUACAUGAAGACAAAGGGAGAAGCAGCAAAAAUGAAGAAGCACCCAGUAAAGAGGACAUCCCUAAGAAAGGAGGAACAACCAGCAUGGAGGGGAGCUCUAGCAAAGCAGAAACCAUCAGCAUGGAGGACACCCCUAGCGAGGCAGAAAACCUCAGGAACAGGGAGAAUUCUAGGACAGAGGAUACUGAGAUGGAGUCUGAAGGGAGGAAGGAGGAGAGUGCUGUGGAUACGGACGCAGAUUUGAAUAAAUCCCCAUAUACAGACAGCGAGGUGGACCCACGGGAAGCUGUGCUGGUCGCCGAAGUGGGCUUAGCCAGAGAAUUUGAUUCCCCUGGGGGAGUCUCACCUUGCCGUGACAGGAACAAGUCCCCACCCCCAGGCUGGGUGUUCCAGGAUAAACCUGUGUCCCCCACUGUACAUGAAACUAUGGAUGAACCCCAUUUCUCAGCCCAGCACUCUGACAAUAGUGGGGGAAGAACACCUGCUACUCCAGUCACGCCCUCCUCAGAGGGCUUUUGUUCACCAGAGAUUGGGAAAGAAAACCAAACUGUACAAGAGAAUAGUGAGCUGGAGAAGGGGGAAGAGGACAGUUUGAAAGCUGGUGGAGGUGUGGAGGAGGGUGAAGACCAGGCUGUGGAUGGUGAGCAAAGUGAGCAGGGUGAGCAGGAACUUGCAGAGGAUGCCUCAGGUGAACAGGCUGUGUCCUCUGCUCACUAUGACCAUGUGCUUUCUGUGGACAGUGAUGACAGUUCAAGAGAAGACUCGCGACCAAGAGUGCCCAUAUCCGAACUCCCUAGGAUACCCAAGAAGAAAAAGCUGCCAAAUCCGAUUGAGGUGAUCACUAUAGAGGAUGAAGACGAAGAAGAGGCUGGGGAGGAGGAGGGAAGGAGUGUGUUACAGAGGCUGGAGUUCCCAGAGUCCAAGAGUCACUGGGAGAAGAAAGAGUCGAGAGGAAGAAGUGAAGAUGGGAAGAGAUUGGAAGGUGACCGGCGGGACAAGAAAUUGUCAAGUCGCUUAAGUCGACAGAGAGACUUGUCCGAUGACGAUGACGAUUCUCGGAGGCGAUCUGGUGCAUCUGAUAAAAGACGCGUUGUUCUGAUGGACAAAGGAGGCUUGAUUGUGACUCAUGGGGACGCCUCACACAGCAACAAACGCUACUCACGCGACCGGUCGCUAAGUCGGUCCCGGGAACAUGGUCGGAACAGAUCCCGCAGUCGUUCCCAUGAUCGGCGAAGGUCACGUGACAAGUGGAGGUCCAAAGAAGACACACAGAGGUCAGGGUCUAAAGAUCGCAGCAGACGUAAGCGACGACACGAGCGAAAUGUGAGAAGUAGGUCAGGGUCAAGGUCAGACCACGAGAGGCACGAAAGGUCGCAGCGCCACAAGCGGAAGAGGCGGGACAGGAGUCAUGGAAACUCUGACAAAGGACUGGAGGAAGAAACAGAGGACUACGAACACUCUUCUUCUGGGAGACGGAAACGCAGCCCCAAGAACAGUAAACUUGACUCUAAGAGUUACUCAAGAGACAAAGCAGACUCCAGCCACAAAGUUGGGGAUAAAUCUAAAGACAGAAGUAGUUCAAAGGAAGGUAGAAGUGAUUCCUGGAAGGAAAGACAUGAUUCAUCCUUAGAAAAAGUAGACUUAAGGGAAAAGCUCGAAUCUCGCAGUAAAAGUGACUUAAGGGAGAAACUAGACAGCCCAUUCAAAGGAGAUUUACGUGAAAAGUUAACACCAAAGGUGAAGGAUAAAAUUGAUUUGAAGGUGAAUUCAGGAUUCAAGGAAGUGUUUCAUGUGACAGACUGGGCAGAUGAAGACAAAGAUAGGCCUAGUGAGACUUCUGUUAGUAUCAAGCAAUCUGUGAGCAAAUCCUCAGACAGGGUAGACAUUAAAAAAGUGAGUGAGGACAGGACUGCUGGUGACUCUAAAUCUGCUAAAGAUGAAGGCAUCUGGCCGAGUGAAUUGGAAAAUAAGGCAGCGGACUUAGAUGAUAGCAAGAGUGCAAAAAUUAGUUUACCGUUCACCAAAGACAAUCCUCAGGAGUCAACAGAAAAAAGUGCUAAGGGUGAUUUCAGUGAAAAUGCAAUUUUUCCAAGCUCUGAAUCACAGCUUUGUAGCAACUCAGAUAAGGGUGUGUUUCCCAAAGAAAUUCCCUUUCGUUCAGCUCCUUUACUUCCGACUCCUGCAUCCUACCUGAAAAAUAGUCAGUCCAUGGAGGUGAAUCACACCCAGCUGGACACCAUGUAUGAUCCCUCUGUGCCGACGGACACAGCCAGCCCACCAGUGUUGGACCAGAAGAAUAUCGAGGAAGUGCCUGCGGACAUGCCCAUGGGCAUCCACCAGAGGUCAGACUUUGUCAUGGGCAACAGGUUACAGAGCCCAGGUGGUGGCAGUACUGGUUUGCUAGGAGACGGCAGUUUUUUUCUGCCUAGAGAACCAGGCAUGAUUAGCGUUCUGCCACCGCAAGGCCUUGGGCAAAUUCCGAUGAGCCUGGGUAUGUUGCCUCCCGGAUUUCCCCCAGGCCUACACAGUGUACCUCCCACUCCUCACCUUGUUGUGAAUCCCCUCCUCCUCAACAGACCCCCUCCCUUUGCAAGACUGCCUCAAGUGCCUGGUGGAAUGCCUCGAUUUGGCUGGCCCAAUGUGGACCCCCAAGGGGUCAUCCAAGUGCAAAACCGUUUUGAAAGAAAUCCAUUGAAAGAGCAGGGCAUGGUGCCUCGCUUUCCCGGUCCAUUUCCCCCAGGUCCGUCACCGAUCCCGUCCCGUCCCAAUCCUGUGAAUGGUGGCUUUGAGGGGCUUCCUGCAGAAGGCAUGGGAGGCCCUCGUCACUUUGCCCCUAUGUUUCCAGUGCGUGAAGACCCGAGACAUGCUGUGGUGCAGAACCCACUACAGCCCCAGUCUGCUGAUGGGCCAGAGCAACAUAAAGUGGAAUCCAGUCCUCGUACCAGCCAUGCUCAGACAGCAUCCACCCAGGCAGGCCAGGUGAAUCCCCUGAAUGAAAUAAGCAAGCUGUUAAACCUGCAGGCUCAGCUGGUUGGUCUGACUCGACGAGGAGAUGGGGCAGGUAAUAGAUUAGGGAAGGCAGGUGGCAAAACUGGUGGUGAAGGCGCUAAAGGAAUAUUCAAAGUGCCUCUCCCCCCAACAGCCACUCUGUCUGGGUCUGCGUCUCGGUCUGGCCCAGGGGGAAAGGGUUUGACCUCUGGGCAGAGUGAGACAAUGGAGGUGGUAGAUAUGGACAUGUCUCCCCUGGAUGAUGAUGACAAUAUUGUUGUGUCCCCGGACUAUGAAAAAGAUAAAAAAGAGGACAUGACUGAUAAAAUCAGCAGUGUGGUGUUUCUGAAUAAAACGGACGACCUUCCGUCAUCAGCGGUGGAGUUGACCAAUAAGCAGAAGGCUGGCACGUAUAUGAAAAAGCUUCACUUACAAGAACGGGUGGUGGAGGAGGUCAAACUUGCCAUCAAACCAUUUUAUGCUAGCAAAAAGAUCUCAAAGGAGGAGUAUAAGGAUAUACUGAGGAAGUCCGUUCCAAAGAUCUGUCACAGUAAAAGUGGAGACAUCAACCCAGCUAAAAUUAAGUCAUUAAUUGAGGCAUAUGUAGAAAAAGCUGUGUAUGCCAAGAAAAAGACUUCAAAAUCGAAUGGCGAGCGAUCGCGUUCCAAGAUAUCCAGGUGAUGGCCUGUGGACUUCUAGUGCUAAUUAUGUAGUCAAAUUUGAAGUACCCAAUAGGAGCAAGUAGUGCCAUGUACAGUACUGAACCUGUUCCAACCAUCCAGCCCACACAAUCAUGUACAUUAAAAUAUCUGGGCAGUGGACGGUGGUGGGUGUCCCUCACCCCUGACUAAGGAUAUAAGGAUAUGCAGUACUUUCUUUCAUGAGCUUCACUGUUCAACGAAAUAAAUGUUUUCUGUAUAUACACUUUAUGCAGGUCAUCUGUGACUUAUUGGAUAUAUAUUUUGUUUUGUUUUUUCCCCCCACAGGGUUGCCAUGCUCAUGAAACAACCAGUGAUAUGGCACAUGAAAUGAAAAAUAAAUAACCAACACAGUUUGUAAUGAAUCGUUUCAGAAAAAUGACAUUAAUUGUACUUUUUUUUUUUUUUUUUUGUCAUGCAAAGUCAUGAAGUCAUUUUUUUUUUUGUUUAGGAUGAAACACCAUUUAUUUAUCAUGUGCUGUAUUGGUAUGAGAACAGUACUACAUGAGUAAUGGUAUUUUUGAAGAAGGCUGAAUCCUGCGUGAGCAAACUGGGGUGAAGCGCUGUUUUUCUCGUAGACAUUUAUUUAGUUUGGUCAAAAAAAAAAAUCCAUCAAUAAACAUUAAUUUUUUUUGAAAUCUCACUAAAGUGGUUUAAACUUUGGGGAUUUUUAUAGAAUUUUUCUUAAGUGUGGCAUCCCAGCUGGUUGAGUAUUUAUAAAUGGUGCAAUAAUAGAAAUGAUGCAAGAAGAUGACACCUUGAAGUCCUGUUUAGAAGUUGUUACAUCUUGUUAGUAGAUUAUUUCAUUAACUUACCUGUUACUUAACAUGUCAGUGGUAUACUUCAUAAACAGCCAUGAAACAUUACAUUGAGAAAGUGGAGUACUGCUCAGAAUCUAGUCGUGGCCGAGUGAUUAAGGUGCUUGCCUUUCAGUCGAUAAGACCCGAGAGUUGUAGGUUCAAACCUAGCCUUAGACAGGGAAUUAGUAGAUUCUCCUACUGUUGCUGUUCAUGGUGCCUUAGUGACAGUAAGCUGUCAUUGAUGCUCCUGUAGCCAUUUGCACAGUGUUAACGUUUCUAAAAGACCUCUUGUCUUUCAAUGUGUGCGAGUCGUAGGUGGGUGGGUGCUUUAGUCAGAGACUUGUCCAUGGUUGGUGGUAUAUCCCUGGCACUCCUGUUUUCUCCACCCUUAAAACUUAAUUGCCAUCAUAUACCCUAAUUCCUCAACCUUUUCUUAUAUGAAAGAGAAACUUUCAGUGCGAUUUUAUGCACCUUUUUAAUUGGGUUGUCCAAUUUCAGUGCUUCACAAAAAGUAGGAAUUUGUCAGCCUAGAAUGCCUUUAAUAAUGCCCUUAGGAUAUGCUUGAAUUAACAUUUUGCAAACAUGCGAAAAGGUUGAAGAAUUACAGUAAGUGAAGAAUUCUUGAGUAUGAUGUUAAACAAAAUUCAAAUAAUCUGGCAACAUUCUGUAGGCCAGUUGAAAUGCACUCCUACAGACUGUACAUGGCCACACUUACUCUGAAUAAGUGUGCUCUAAAUCCUCUAGUCCAAGGGACAUACGUACGACAUCAAGUAAGCCUGCUACUUAUGCCAGUUCAUCGUGCCAAAUUUAUAGUAGACAAACAGAUCAAUAUCAGCAAUAUAUUGCGAGAUUUCCUGUACCAUAACUCAAGAGGAACUACACUUUGACGCUGGGGAUUUCUUAAAUGUCAGUUUUAAAUGUGGUUAAUUUAAUUCAACCUCCAGGUGAUUUUUACAGAAUUUUCCUCCCGAGGUUUGUAUCUCAGCCUCAAUGAGCAGUUCCUUCUGAAGGUUAAGUCUUCAAUCCAGUUGCAGCCUUUAAUCCAGCUAGUCUCUAAUCCAGCUGCAGUCUUUACUCCAACUCUGGCU